GACAUGGAUAUCUUAAGCUACUUCUAGAACCCGACCCGGUUCACUUUUAUAUUUCCAGCGACCGUCGCUCGGAGAUCCUGGAUCGCAUAAACUCGUGUGACACCUUCUUCCUCCUGCUCCUCUUCUCCUUCGAGGUCGACAAAUCUAAGGAGAGGACCAAGAGCCUUGUUUCAGCAGCCAUGGCUAAGCAUCAUCCUGAUUUGAUCAUGUGCCGGAAACAACCUGGCAUUGCCAUCGGGCGAUUGUGCGAGAAAUGUGACGGCAAAUGCGUGGUCUGCGAUUCCUACGUGCGCCCGUGUACGCUGGUUAGGAUUUGCGAUGAAUGCAACUAUGGUUCGUUCCAAGGACGGUGCGUCAUAUGCGGAGGUGUUGGGAUCUCAGAUGCUUACUACUGCAAAGAGUGUACACAGCAGGAGAAAGAUAGAGACGGUUGUCCCAAGAUUGUCAAUCUCGGGAGUGCGAAGACUGACCUGUUCUAUGAACGUAAGAAGUAUGGAUUCAAGAAACGAUGACAAGUGUCUCUCUACUCGUCUUUGUUUUGGCAUGAACUCAAAGAAAAGACAAAUGUUUGUUAGUUGUUACUCUUGUGCUAUCUUUGUUAUGGUUGGUUAAUGUCUAGAGUGUGAUUGUUUCUCUGCAACACUAAAACAUCCUCUUGUUUGAGUAAUUCGAAUCUCUGACAGAACAUGUAUUCAAGAACCAUUAUUUUGUCG